GCGGGGCCAAUCGCCUCGCCCUGCACCUUGGGCUGGAACUUGAGGCGGCUUCGCCCCCAAUGAUGCUCCAGUUGCAAGAGCAACGCAAAUUUAUCAUUGUCCCGAGAAAGAGGAGCGGCGUGAUUCUUGCCCAUCUCAGCAGAACGACUGGCUUCCUUCCGCUAGACAAGCCAGCGCUCGGGUUGUGAUUUUUCUGGGGAAAGGGGCGACCCACACGCCUGCCCAGCACAGUAAGCGACACCUCUUGGAACCGUGUUUGCCGCUGCAGUCGGCCAACGUGCCCUGCCCAAACCGCGGCUCGAUUCGUCCGCCUCUUACACUUAAUUUAUCCGUGGAUCAUUUGGAUAGUCCGUCUUGUAAAUGUUUAGCAUUUUGCUGCUUUACUGCUUCUUUCUGGGGCCAGUUCCAGCACUUGCCAAGACCGGCGAAGAGAGGCGACUGAGCCCGGAGAAGAGCGAAAUAUGGGGACCUGGGCUAAAAGCCGCUGUUGUCCUGCCUGCGCGCUAUUUCUAUAUUCAGGCAGUGGAUACGUCAGGAGAGAAGUUCACAUCUUCUCCAGGUGAAAAGGUGUUCCAGAUUAAAAUCUCAGCACCAGAGGAGCAAUUCACCAGAGUUGGAGUCCAGGUUUUGGACCGAAAGGAUGGUUCCUUCAUAGUAAGAUACAGAAUGUAUGCAAGCUACAAAAAUCUGAAGGUAGAAGUCAAAUUCCAAGGUCAACAUGUUGCCAAAUCUCCAUAUAUUUUAAAAGGGCCAGUUUACCAUGAGAACUGUGACUGUCCUUUGGAAGAUAGUGCAGCCUGGCUACAGGAGAUGAACUGCCCAGAAACCAUUGCUCAGAUUCAGAGAGAUCUGGCACAUUUUCCUACCAUUGAUCCAGAAAAGAUUGCAGCAGAAAUCCCAAAGCGAUUUGGACAAAGGCAGAGCUUGUGUCACUAUACCUUGAAGGAUAACAAGGUUUAUAUCAAGACCCAUGGUGAACAUGUAGGUUUUAGAAUUUUCAUGGAUGCCAUACUCCUUUCUUUGACUAGAAAAGUGAAGAUGCCAGAUGUGGAGUUUUUUGUUAAUUUGGGAGACUGGCCUUUGGAAAAAAAGAAAUCCAGUUCACUCAUCCAUCCAAUCUUUUCCUGGUGUGGUUCCACGGAUUCUAAGGAUAUCGUGAUGCCUACCUAUGACCUUACUGACUCUGUUCUAGAAACCAUGGGCCGAGUAAGUCUGGAUAUGAUGUCUGUGCAAGCUAACACGGGUCCGCCCUGGGAAAGCAAAAACUCCACAGCUGUCUGGAGAGGGCGAGACAGCCGCAAAGAGAGACUCGAGCUGGUUAAACUCAGCAGAAAACACCCAGAACUCAUAGAUGCUGCCUUUACCAACUUUUUCUUCUUUAAACACGAUGAAAGCCUAUAUGGCCCCAUUGUGAAACACAUUUCAUUUUUUGAUUUCUUCAAGCACAAGUAUCAAAUAAACAUUGAUGGCACUGUCGCGGCAUAUCGCCUGCCAUAUCUUCUUGUCGGCGACAGCGUUGUGCUGAAACAGGACUCCAUCUACUAUGAACACUUUUAUAAUGAGCUGCAGCCCUGGAAACACUACAUUCCCGUUAAAAGCAACCUGAGCGAUCUCCUAGAAAAACUUAAAUGGGCAAAAGAUCACGAUGAAGAGGCAAAGAAGAUAGCAAAAACAGGACAAGAAUUUGCAAGAAAUAAUCUCAUGGGUGAUGACAUAUUCUGUUACUAUUUUAAACUUUUCCAGGAAUAUGCCAAUUUACAAGUGAGUGAGCCCCAAAUCCGAGAGGGCAUGAAGAGGGUAGAACCACAGACGGAGGAUGACCUCUUUCCUUGCACGUGCCUUAGGAAAAAGGUAACCACAACUGGCCAAUGUCAGAGUAAGAACUAACCACUUGAGCAAGCUCUUAACCAACUGAGCCAUUCGGUCGGCCCCAAGUAAGAACUUUGAUCCAAGUCCUCAUUCAUUCCUUUAGUCAUUCAGUCAGGCAACAACUAUUUGAGUUUCUCCUGGAGCCUUCAUUCUCUUCUCAUAGAAUGAUACAGAUGAGAAUUACAAGGCAAAAAGGCGUUAAGAUUCAGUUAAGUGAGAAGAGUUCCUGGCAAAGUAGAGGAAAGCCUUUUUUAAUCUGAGAAUUCAGUCACAUGGCAUUUGAGUAGCUAUUUAAUGUUUGAAAAAUAUUUUCACAUGCAUCACCUAAUAGCCUCACCUCCUUCUGAGAUAGGUUUGGCAAAGUUUAUCAUUCCAAUUCAGAGAUGAAAACUUAUGUAACGGUUUUUAUUCAUUGAUUAUUCAUUGAAAAGCAAUCUCUGUUGAUACCACUCUAUACUGAUUUUGUUUGGAAAAGGCAGAUUCACAUAUGGACUUGUCAGGCUAAAAAGGAACUUAGAGGUCAUCCAUCCUUCAUUUUACAGUUAGCAAAACUGAGCCCAAAGGAGAACUUAGCUCAGAAUCAUCUAUCUGGAUUAUAGUAAAGCAAGGACCAAACACCAAUCCCUCAUCUUCAAAUUGUGUGCAUGGUUGUGUAUGAAGACAGUGCAGGAGGGGACAGUUGUUUUCAUUAUAGUUGUUUUCUCUUUGUAGGAGUGUAUAUUGUAUAAAAUUGUGAUUUUAUAUAUAUUAUGAUUAUAUAUAAUAUGUUGGCUUGACACUUUGUAAGCAGCAUCGUCAUGUCUCUGAAUGGAUAAACUGAAAAUUGUGGUAUUAUAACCAAAAAUGAGAAGGCAGGUUUGGCAAAUAUUAUGUCUGUCUCUCAAGCGGAGUUGAAAGGAAUAAGGUAACCAGAGGCCCAGUGGUGUGAUGGAACCAGCUCAUACAAGUUCAAUGACUGUUAGAUAUUUAAAAAUUUUGCAUAGUUGUUAAAUUUUGGUAGCUUGGAAUCCGCCUGGUGGGAGUAUUUACACCAUGACAACAGCACAUGCAACAAAUUAGAGUUUUGGUUGUUUUGGUUUUGUUUUGUAUUGUGAACUCAUUUGCUACUAACUAGCCCUCUAAAGUAGAACGUCAUCAACCUGAACCCCUGUCAGUGCUGCAAAGUCAUAAAGUAGUUAAAGCCAGUGACAAAACAAAUUGCCCUAAUUGAAAGGUACGCUCUCGUCAAGUUCAUAAUUUGGUAUCAGAAUGCUUCUGUGAGCUCCAAAUGAAACUGGGCAGCUUCCCUUCUCCACUCCUCUUUUUAUCUUUUAUCUUUGUCUAAGUGAUUUCAAGGGGUGCCAAAUGAUUCCACUGAGUUGUAGAAGUUAGAGGCUAGAAUGACAGCUUUGUUUACUUCUUCCUCAUUGUCUACCGUAGCCCCUCACUGAUACCAUUCAUAACACAAGGCCCUUUACAGUAACACAGACCCUUAGAUAUUCGAGUACCACAUUAGUAGCCCUAUAAAACACAAUGUAACUCUACCCUUAGGUGAUUCCAAAAAUAGUCCUAGAUCCUACAAGUCUCUGGCAGUAACUUGGCUGUUUCUCUUCCUUCUUUCAUCUUUAGGGGAAAACCAUUACUAGACUAAUGUAAGUCUUCCUGACUCAUAGAUACUUUUUGAUGGCUCUAAAUAUUUUGCUUCUUAAUUGCAGACCAAAGAUGAACUCUGAUAUGAAAAAUACCUUCCCUUCAAAUAAUGGUGCUCUGAAGACUCUUCUUAACUGAAAAAAAAAAAAAGAAUGUUUUUUAAAUAUUAAUUCCAUGAACAAUAUAAAAUCUGCUAUGUGAUUGUCUGGGUUAUGAAAAUAUGUUUCUUCUUAUUAUGCAGUAUUCCCAUGACUGUCCUGUAAAGCACACGUUUAGAAUUUUAUAAUAAAACCAUUUUUAUUUUAAA